AGCGCCCUGGGCCUUGGUCAAACGUAGUACACUACAUGAGGAAUUGGCUGCUAUUUGAGACAAUGCUCAAAUGUUCCCCACAGAGGAUGGACCGUAGCCUAGAUACAGGUGGUCGGUGGGUUCACUGAUCUAAGAUCAGUGUAUCCACACCGACUCUCUACCUUGACCACCAAACUGGGGGAAAAAGCCAAACUGAUCUUCGAUCAGAUUUCUGGGUUAACUCCGUUCUUCUCUUUCUUUAACGUGAACCAUGCGGAACAAAGCGGACAGCGUCUGGGCUGAUGAAUCACCGAUCUAACGGGCACGGUAUCUGAACACACUGCACCUAGACCACAGAGCUUCUUCAACUACUCACAACCGAAGAAACACUGAAAAAGUUAUUAAGACUUCUAACUGAAGAUCAUGUCUCUGAUGCUACUGCUGGUGUUGGCGUGCCAAGCCAUGGCAUCACCUCGACUCUCAGCAUCAGACCCCUGCGUUCUCGAACUAGAGGAGCUGAGACGUGAUGUCCGUAUUCUGGAGAACAAACUGUUGAUCGGGGCGUGGCAGCUCAACCAUGUCAAGGCACACAGCUACAUCAUCACCCCACCACUACCCAGCACCAACCUAACAGAGGAAUACAGGACAGGAGCCCAAGCGUCUCUACCUCCAGCAGGAAGCCUCAUCGUACAUGACAAAGACUGCUCUGAGCUGUAUGACAGACAGAGGCCAGACUCCGGGUUUUACCGGAUCAAACCCAGAGUGGAUCAGGAGCCGGUUCUAGUCUACUGUGACAUGGAAGAUGGAGGGGGAUGGACUGUUAUACAGCGACGAAGACAUGGCAGGGUUGACUUCAACAGAGACUGGGUGGACUACAGAGACGGGUUUGGAGACUUUAAACUGUGGAACGAUGAAUUCUGGCUGGGCAACGAACACAUCCAUUCCCUGGUGAAGGACGGUGAGAACCUGGUGAAGAUAGAUCUGAUGGACUGGAGCGGAGCGAAGACUCAUACCUACUACCAGAACUUCAGGAUCACAGACGAGAAGGAUAGCUAUCGUCUAUGGUAUGGUGUGUCUAGUGGUCGUGGAGGAGAUGCUCUAUCAGGAGGAGGGGGGAUGGUGGAGCAGUGGUCUUCCUCUCUCAGUGGGAUGCAGUUCAGCACCAGAGACCAGGACCAUGACCGCUUCCUACAGGGCAGCUGUGCUCAGGAGAACAAUGGAGGCUGGUGGUACAACAGGUGUCAUGCAGCCAACCUGAAUGGGAAGUUCUACCGCGGCGGAGUCUACAAGGGUCUCUAUGACAACGGUGUGGUGUGGGGAACCUGGAGAGGCUUGUGGUACUCCCUCCGACACACCACCAUCAAACUACGGCCCCUGCUCUCCCUGGACAACCUGGCAGGCAGCGGAGCAGGGCCAGAUGGGUAGAGGGUCCAGGAAAUACCGAGGCUUCAGCCAGCGCUAGGCCUCAACACACGGAGCCAGUCAACCACCCAACACACCUGCUGUAGAAUGUAUUAGAGGCAACUAGUAGGGCUUUUAAAAAAAAAAAAACAUUAUUUUAAAAUAUAUUUUCAUUUAUUGUUUGUUAUUUUCUCAUCUUUUUGUCAAAUUUUUUGUAAAUGUAUAAAAUGUUAAUGAGACUUUGUCUUUCUAGUUUUAUAGUAUAGUUGACACAUUAAGCACACAGCAGAGAAAUUAUAUAGUUCAGACGUAUAGGAUUUGAACUGAAUGCAAUUAUGCAAUAAUAAUAAAUGAGAGUUAUAAACUAA